AUACAUUUGGAUAUUGUGUGUUUUAAUAAUUUAAUAGUUGUUAAUUAAAAUGUCACAACAUGGUGCAGCAUUACAAACUUACAACCAGGAACUCGUCAAGUGUGAGUUGGAACGCGAUUUAGAAGAUAUGAAACAACGACGUGCUGAAUUACAAAAACAAAUUGAUUUACAAGAAGAAGAUAAAAUAACAUUAGAAAAAGAAAUUGAAAAAAUGUCAACAAAGCUAAUUAGAAUAACUGAUUGUCUUGGUAAAAGAAUAUCUGUACGUAAUGAGUAUGAUAAAACAAUUACAGAAACAGAAGCUGCAUAUACAAAGAUACUUGAAAGUUCACAAUUACUUUUAAAUAUGUUAAAAAGAGAAGCAUCUGUUCUUCAUGAAACAUUGAUUAAAGUUAAUAUUGAUCAACAACAUCGUAGACAAUAA